UGGUACUGUGUACUUCCGUCAAAGAAACAUGGCGCUGCCCGUGAUCAGGGGUUGCUGUAGGACCCCAUCAUCAUUCAGUUUUACUCGAUUAUUAUUAAACGAUGGACUCAUCCUGAACCGGUCUAAUAAGACCCGGAUACCUCCCUCAUCAUCUGCUGGGGUGAAAGCUGUGGUCCGCUCGUACAGCUCGGACCAGGGCGGACAGAAACCGGUCCAGAAGGUGAUGGUGGUCGGGGUUACGAACCCGUUUAUGUGGUUCCGGACACGGAUAUAUUACUUUCUGAUCCGGGCUUACUUUGAUAAAGAGUUCAGCAUCGAGGAGUUCACGGAGGGAGCGAAACAGGUCAGUGUGACCAGGAGAAAAAAAAAAACUCUUUAAUCUGCUGAAGUGGGGAAAGUGGGGUUAGUAGAGUCAAAGGGUAAGUUGAGCCAAAGGGUAAGUUCCUAUGUAGGGAUGCACCAAUCCGAUACUUGAUAUCGGCAUCUGUCCCGAUACUGGAGAUAAUUCGUGAUCAGUUAUCGUGACGAUAGGGGCCGAUCCAUUCAGUCUAACUCUAUGCUAUGCGCCGUGAGUGACAUCCACAAGUAAACAUGCUGACCGUACAUUCCAAAAUGGAGUGUUUAAAGGGGUCUGCUAUCUUGAACUUUAUCACAAUACCUCAGCCUACCAGCUCAACGGCCACUUGCAAUGCCUGCGCAGUAAAUGUUUGAGGGGUAGUGGUAAAAGUUCAGGUUACAACAAAAGGUAAUUCAGCGCAACUUUUCUGUAAUGGAAGUGGAUUGGUAACGGCUGAUACUACACUGUAGAUAUCUGUAUCGUAUCGUAUCGAGGUGAAAAACGCGAAUCGGUGCAUCCCUAAUCCCAUUCACAGGGUAAAUUGACCAUAGCAGACCACUUUUUUUGGCAUGUUAUAUUAUCAAGACAGUUCUGUUUACACUCAUUCUGUUGGUUUGCACGGAUGAACAACAUCCUGAAAUAAAUGCAGAUACUCUAGUUAGAGACGAAACUAUGAUUGACUUGAUGUAGUGAUCCGAAUUAUGAAAAAUGGCUCAUCUUACCCCACUCUCCCCUACUGGGUCAUCCUGGUUCUGAUGGUCUUUGUUCUGAUCUGGGUUCUUGGUUCACUCCUCCAGGCUUUCUCCCACGUUUCCAGCCUGCUGUCAAAGUGUCAGUUUGAGGGUUUAGAGGGGCUGGUGGCCAAAGAUGUGAGUAUUUUAUAAACUUAUUUACCUUUGAACCUGUUGAACUGGUCUGAGUCUUGAUUUUCAUCCUCCUGAUAGGUUUCAGUAACAAUACAUUUAUCAGGUUUUUGUAACUGAUCAUCCCUGAUCAUUGUCUAUUAUGUUCCCCUUGUAGUUAAUCGAGAAGCUGGAGGACAAGUGUAAAGUUCUGCCACUGAGCCACCAGAGAGCUCUGUCUGCAGAACCUGAGGAGAUCAUGUACACCACACCUGCAGACGUGGGAAUCUACUACGACGAUGACGGUGAGUGGGACAGAAAGUUCUUUGAUUUCCCUCCAACUCUAGCAGACCUUUAGUCAGUUAUUUCUGCAGUGUGACUCAUUAUCUACUUCGUUUCUCCAGGGCGAAAGUUUGUCAGUAUUCUGAUGCGUUUCUGGUAUCUGACGAAUGCACGCCUUCCUGACGAUACCGUGGAGGGAGCCCGCGUCUUCCAGGUGGCAUUUGGUGGAGAGGGGAAAGUUGAAACUAAAAGACUUCUGACUGCAAACUAUGAGUGAGUGUUCUCACUGAUCAGCACUGUUAUGGUUUAAGUCGAUUCUGUAAAUCAAAAUAAACUUCUCAAACUUUGAAUUUUGUCUUUCUGACAGAUUCCAAAGGGAGUUUACACAAGGAGUGACUCCAGACUGGACCAUCACGAGGAUAGAGCACUCCAAGCUCUUGGAUUAAACUGGUUUUCGUUUAAAGUGUCUUUUCCUUCAGAAACGAGUCAAAAAUCUGACGUCCCCCUCAGUGUUCGCUGUGAUUGAGCUCAUGAAAGCAAAAUCUGGAGGGAUACAUCAAAAUUUAAAGAAGCAGACAUAUUUUAAUUUAUAGCAAAGACAUGAACCAAUCACAGCUGCUGUUAGAGACUCUGGGUAGAGCUGUCUGCAGUGAGAGUAAACAUAUCAGCCAUAACAUUAUGACCACUGACAGGUGAAGAGAUAACACUGAUUAUCACAAUCAGCAAGUGAAUAUUUUGCACUUGGAGUUCAUGAGUUGGUCAAAGAUAAAACAGGUAAUUGUAAAGAUAUAAGCGACUUUGAUAACGGUAGUAUUUUAGUGGCUGGAUAACUGGGUGUUGAGGGUGUGCGCAGAAAAGAUCAGAUGAAGAGCUGCUAGAGAUUAAAUUGGUGGUAAACUUGUUUUCCAUGUGCCCACGCUGACACUUGCAUUGAAACUGGACCACAGAGCAAUAAAAGAAAGAAGUCUGGAGGAAAACAACAGUGAAUUCAAGGUGUUGAGUUGGCUUUUUCAGAUCUCAGUUCAUGUCAACAACCAAGUCUGAUCCACUGAAGAUCCAACAUGUUGAUACCAGACACCAGAGAGCACCUCCAGAUCCUUUUGAGUCCAGGUCUCCUUAGUUCAUGGCUGCAAGAAGGAUGAGGGGGGCUACAUAUUAUUAGGCAGGUGGUCAUAAUGUUAUGGUAAAUGUAUUUCUUAUGCUUUUUUUUUUUGCACUUUUCCAACAUCAUCCCCCCAAAAAGUAAUCAUCAUGACUUGGUUUCUCUAGCUCUUGCUUUUGAAGUCGAGAGGAACCAGAUUUUGUAUUGGAUUUGUAAUUUAUAGCCUUAUUAUAACUGUUAUGUGACAUCAUAUAAACUGUGGAAGUCGGUGUGAUUAUUAACACCCAUUCCUGGAAAGUCUUUUAUUGUGUUUGUGUUUUUAUAAAAGACUGAUCAGUGUCUGAUACUGUAAUGAAAGCUGAGGAUUAGUUUGUGUUUUGUGUUGGACUGUGUGGGAUGACGGUGCUGCAACUGGAUGUGCAAAUCUGUUCACCACCCAGAACCUUUGACCCGUUGCAAUCACUGUUUUCUGCCGUAUAUAAUAUACAGUAUAUGUGUACUGUAUGUGCAUACAUGUGUUUGCAAUGGUUAAGGCAGCUGCUGCAGAUUUUUGAUUCUUUUAUUAAAGCUCUGAACAUCAAAAUAUUA